CGAAACGAAACAAAGUCUUGUUUGUUUAUAAUCAAAAUGAAGUUAUCUAGGUCGAAGUCGAGCAUUAGAAUAAGAAGUACCAGCCGGCAUCUGACUCAGAGUAAUAGCGGCCUUCUCAAAAUAGAUAGUCUUCCAAAUUUACGAGUAUUGUGUCAAAGAAUAUCUAAUGAAACGUCACCUGAGUCGUCCGCGAUUUUGAAAACAGCUGCUAUUUACAGGUCAUCCAAGCCGGACAAAAUAGUUGAGAAAGAUGUUGUGAAAUUUCGACAGCUUUCUAUAAAAUCUAUCGUAGACUUUAGAUCAAAAGAAGAAUAUCUACUUACUAAGGACCAUAACCUCAUCGACGCCGAAUACACUUUGUAUAAAGUUUGUUUACCAAAUAAUAAUUACCAGCCUGGUGAGUCUGUCACUUGUGAGGUCAUUUCUAGAGCCAGCACCUUAAGUAACAUCAACUAUACUUCAGUUCUCUAUGGAGAACCGUCUUACAAAAGACGAAAAAAAAGUUUGGGUAGUGCUGGUGGUCAUUCUAGCAACCACCACAAUCUCAAUGGUGAGGAAGAUGAUGAAAAGCGGCAUUAUCUGAUCAAUUUUUUUACCCUGAGGUACAUUAAGAGACUGAUUUAUAGCCUGCCUUGGUAUUUGUGGCUUCUAGCUUUUCUUUAUAUCAUCUAUGAUGUGGUGACAAGAAACAAAUUUGUUAAUUUACGCAGACUUCUUGUGCACAAGGCAGUCAAUAAAAAAGGUCUUUUCGGACAGUAUGUGGAUUUAAUAGAGCUGAGUCAGCCGUCGAUAUGUGCUGCCCUGAAACUGAUUUCUGAGCCAGAUAACUUGCCAGUGUUAAUCAACUGUGCCUAUGGUAAAGACAGAACUGGGAUCAUUUCAGCUCUCAUUCUGACAUGUUUAGGAAUGCCUAAAAGCUAUGUUGCAGCGGAGUAUGCUUUAUCCACAGAAGGUCUGGAGCCAGUGAGACAGUUAGUCUAUCAAGACAUUGUGGGCAAGUAUGAGCUGACUGAAGAGUUCUGCAACUCGGAGACUGAGACGAUGUUGAAACUUUUAAACUAUAUUGAAGAAAAAUACACGUCAGUGGAAGGUUACAUGUGCCACAUUGGAUUUAGCUUAGAGGAACAACAUAGGCUGAAAGCGAAUGUGGAGGCGUUUAGACACUUGGGCUAUGAAGACGAUAAUGAUGAUGAUGACCAUAAAGUUACGGGAGUUGUUUCUUCAAAAUCUGAAACUCUGUCAUCUCAUCCAAAGUCUGAUUAAAACAGAAUCGCCAUUUGAGUGAAGGUCAACAAUUUAACAUUUAUUGAUCACAGACUGGAUAUCUCCAUUUGAUAUGUUGAAUUUUGAAAUGUCAUUGUGUCAGCUGGUUCAACAAGCUUGUGUGAAUUUAUCAUGUAGCUAUUUUGUCUGGUAGCCUACAACCUUGUGUGAAUUGAGCUGGUAGUCAUUUUGUUGGUCUACAAGCUUCUGUGAAUUUAGUUGGUAGUCAUUUUGUGAACUGGUCUACAAGCUUGUGUGAAUUGAGCUGGUAGUCAUUUUGUUGGUCUACAAGCUUCUGUGAAUUUAGUUGGUAGUCAUUUUGUGAACUGGUCUACAAGCUUGUGUGAAUUGAGCUGGUAGUCAUUUUGUUGGUCUACAAGCUUCUGUGAAUUGAGUUGGUAGUCAUUUUGUGAACUGGUCUACAAGCUUGUGUGAAUGUAAAUUAUAAUUAUUGUACCUGCUGGUUUGCAAGCUAGUUUGAAUGUAGUUUUUAUAUUGAGUCACUUUAAUACGAUAAUUCAUAAUUUAUUAAUCACAACAUAGUUAAAACUUUUUUAAACUAAUGUUAUCAUUAUUAGUGAUGGGAACUAAACUAACUUUUAAAAGUUAAACUAAAACUAGUUUUCAACUAAAAUAAAGUAGUUAAACUAUUAGUUUAUCAUGAAUUUCAAAAGAUAGUUAAACUAAACUAAAGAAAGUUAAUUAAACUUUAACAAACUUUUUUUUUUUUGGGGGGGGGGGGGGUCUUUGAACUAGACCUAUAUAGAUCUAAUCAUUCGACUGUAUGCCUAUGGUUCGAUCUUAUUCUUUUAACAUUCUGGUAAUAUUUAUCUAUAAUAAAAUCAGUAUUAAGGAAUAUGUUUCUUACCUAAAUGUUAAUGCACAAUAAAAUAAAAUGUCUAAAUAAAUAUGUGUGCUUGUAUUUUUGCUUUGAAUUAAAACCUUAAGAAAAUAAUGGUACUCUUUUUUUUUUUUAAAUUAUAUUAACUUAUUAUAUAACGAAAGUCUUACUUAUACUGGUAAACUUUAAAAUCUCAUUAAAUAACAUAAAUUUUGAAUUUCAAAUUUAGAUCAAGUAUCCAAAGAAAUAGAAACGCAAUCGUUAGAGUUUUAUAGCAUGGCCUAGUGCGCUUGAACUUGGCCUGGCUUGGCUACCUAGAAGGGGGCUCGAGGUUCGACACCCGACUCAGGCAGAGUUGUGUUUACUGAGCGCCUAAAGGCAGCACAGAAAACCAACUCCUAGAUACACCCCCCCCCCUCCUCCACUGGUCCACAAAUGAGAAUGGACCAAAAGCGCUCUGAGCAUGCAAUAAGCAUGAAAGUAGCGCUAUAUAAAAGCUAUAAAAAUUAAUUAAAAAUGUUAAGCUUACGUCUACCUGUACACAGGCGGAGUAUGGCAUUCCUUGAGUAUGUCUCCACAGACAUAGUGCAAUCUCUAUACAUGCUUGACUAACCAUGCCGAUGUGGUAUUUUCUUCUCUGACCACUAAAAAUACAACUAACACUAUUGCAUCACCGUUAAACGCGCAAGGGAACAAAAAACAGGGUGGUCAUGUCAUUAUGGACUGCACACUCACCACACUAUAUAGGCCUACACGUGUACGUCUAUCUGGUCAGGUUGUUAAAAUCAGUCGGACACACUGUCUAUUUACUUUCUGGGCAGGGAGGGUAUAUAACUAUAUAUAUAUCUUUGAUUAACAUGCUUGACUAGCCACGCCAUUGUGUUAUUUUCUUGCCUGGCCUCUCCACAUUAAGCAAGCACCAUUGUAUAACGCAGGGUAGUCUUACAGUAGUGUCGACAACACACGUACAGUACACUAGGCCUACAUGUGGUCAUGUGUAUGUCUAGCUGACCAGGUUGUUAAAAUAAGUUGGUCAUAGUCUAUUUACUUUAUGUCCAGAGAGGGUGUGGAUUAAGAUUUUUUUUUCUAGACUUGGUUACCAUAAUGCUUUUAGAUCUAUAUAGGCCUAGCAGUUGAUUUAGACUUAAAAAAUCUUAAAAAAUAAUAAGUCUUAAGACUAUAAAAGGGUGUACUUGAUGUUCCUGCAGUUAAAAAAAAAAUAUUGUUUGCCGCAAAUGAAUGCCACUAAAUAUUGACCUAAUUCACAAAUCAGAUUCCCACUAGAAACAGAAAUUAAACACCUCCACGUGGCUCACAAAAAUAUUCGGAACAACCUCAUUCAUAAUACUGCUUAGAAGCUUUUGGCAAAAAAUGUUUAACAUUUUAGAAUACUGCUACUUUCAAGUGCAAAUAUUUACUCCCAUUACUUCUACCAGGAUCUUACUUUACCCUCUUCAAAUGCAGACUGUCUAAUUUGUUAACUGCAUCAUUUUUUUUUUGAUAAUCAAAGUUAUUGAUAUCACAUGACCAGAAAACAGGGAGUGCGUUUCAACCCUGACCACAUGUUGAAAAGUUUUACAAAUUUUAAUUAAACUUUUUAGUUAUUAACUAAAAAAAAAUUAAUUAAACUACGAUUUUAACUAACCUUUUUUUUCUAGUUAAACAAUGGCCUUAACUAAUUUUUUUUAGUUAAACUUUUGCCCAUCACUAAUCAUUAUUCAUCAUAUUCAACCUUACUGCCUCCAUUCACUUACAUGAAUAUUUGUCAUGUUUUAUUGAGUUCUUAGCUUAGAAAGGCUUGUAAAUUUAUUAUUAUUUUUUAUUACUUUUUUUUUCCAACAGUAAAUAAUUUUUUUUUUACUAAUUCACUAUUUCUACAUAAAAGCUCUAUGGCUCAUCUUUACUCUCCUGUUGUAAAAACAUUUUUGUAAUGAUAUAAUUUUAUAGCAUAAAUAUUACAAAUGAUUUCUACUGAAGUUUUUUUUUUAAGUGAAACUUUUUAGGACUUAAUAUAUCAUUGUUUUAUACAUUUUUUUUCUCUGGCGUAAACCAGUUCAGUUUGGCACUUGCCUUUCCUUUGGUUACAUGAGCUGCUUGUAGAGAAGGGAACUGAUAUGUGGGCAACAUCAUUUCUAUCACAAUGAAUGCCCAGGCAUUCAUCUCGGUUCCAUGAGAUGAUCCAUAGUCGCUUUGCGACGGAAGGAGGCCACACAUAUAUAUAAACCAGUUCAUCUGUGCCAAAAAGUUUAAGAUGAAUAAAUAAACUUGAGAUUUGUAUAAUUGAUAUGAUUAUUCUCAAGUUACUGUUCUAGUCAAAUCUUUACAAAUUAUUGUUUUGUUGUCACAUCAGCAUGAACCCAGUUCUUGAUUAAAUACUUGUGCUGUGUUGUACUGUGUACGAAUUUCUACAAAUCAAGCAGAUUUUCAAAUCUUUUGUAUAUGACAUAUGUUUAAGUCCCACCCUAAAAAACGUGGAAAAUAAAACCAAGAAUUACAGUUGUUGGUUUGUAUUUUAAUGGCUUGUUUGUUUUCUACUCUUAGUCUAGUAUGUUCAUGGCUUUUUUUUUUAAAUAAUUUUUUUGUUGGUUUUACAAUUUUUUUUUAUUGAACUUACAUUUGUUUGUACAUUCUGUCACCAGAAUUACGAUAUUGCACCAGACAUUACAUUUGUUUUUAAAAAAAUAUGUAAAAUAAUAUAUAUAUAUAUAUAUCUUUGAUGUCUGUUUGUUUUUUUAAUGGGAGAAGUCUGCUUACUAGUUGUGAUGAAGAUGUGUAGUUAAAACGUUAGUAUUACAUGUUUGGACUAUGUAAAUGUAUCUCACAAUGUUUGUAAAAUGUUUUACUUAUUUCGGAUGUUCCUUCAGAGUUGAAGAUAAUUACUUCCUAGUCCAAACCUCCCGCAGGACGGCGGGGGACGGGAGCGGGCAGGGUUGGAACCCGGGACCAUCGAUAAGUCAGAACGACAGUCCAGCGUGCAAACCGCACGACCAGGCACCCAUCCUAAUUUAUUAUUUCAAAGUCUUUAUUUUACUCUUAACGCUGAAUUCAGAUAAAAAUGUUUUAAAACUGGGAUGUGAUGCUAAGUGGCAUAAAGCGCUUGGCUACCUCUCAAGGGGGCCUAAAUUUGAAUCCCAACUCGAGCUGAGUUGUGUUUGCUGAGAGCCUAAAGGCAGCACGAAAAUAUCGUCCCACAUACCCCCUUGCCCAACAGGUCCAUAGGAAGCGUGGUCGAGAGGCUAAGCACACUUGAACUUGGCUACCUAUGAAAGGGGCUCAAGGUUCGACACCCAGUUUGAGCAGAGUUGUGUUUGCUGAGCGCAUAAAGGCAGCACGGACUACCUUCUCCAUGAUACCCCCUCUCCCACCACUGGUCCACAACUGAGAUUGGACCAUAGCGCCGCUCUGAGCAUGCUAUAAGCCUGAAAGUAGCACUAUAUAAAAGCUAUAAUUAUUACUGGGCGAGUAAUCUUUAAAUAAAAAAGUUUUGUUUGUGAUUGUUGUGAAAAAGAGUUCAGUAGUUACCU